CCCUGCCCGCCUCUUCUCGCGCUCCCAGCUGGCCGCGGCUCCCUCGCGCUCUCCCCGUCUCCUGGCCGCUCUCCGCCAAGCGAUGCGAGCUCUGGGCCCCGGCGACGCCGCCUCCCGCUAGAGAUCUGCCCCCACCCCGGCCCGACCCUCUUCCCAGCCUUGCCCCGCGCGCGGGGGUCGGAGAAGGCGCCGCGGACGCACCAACGGCCGGGGAGCGGCGGUGCACAUGCACUAGCGGCACCCCCUAACUCACUCCCUCCACACCCCGCGCCGCCGCCGCCUCCACCUUCUCCGCCUCCGCCUCCUCCUCCUCCGCCUCCGGCAGCCGCGGCAGAAGGACCCACCCUGCCCCCCACCCCACCCUCCGCCGGCUCCUGCUGCGGAUCCAGCCUCGACUCCUAUUUUAUUUAUUUUGGGUCGUGCACUAGCCUCAGUGCCUGCAGCCCGCGCCUCCCGGGCCCGCGGGCGCCUCCUCCCUAGGCUCCGGAGCCCCAGACCCCGGCCACCCUCACCUCGACACCCCCAGACCCCGACCAGCUGCCGCUUGUCUUCGCUGGAAUCUUGAUAGAGGCUGUCUUUUUUGGGGGGUUUUGGUCUUUCGACAAUUUUGUUCCCAGCCAAGGAGAGGAUAUCGUGAUUUUUUCCCCUUUGAGCCCAGGCUCUGCUCUUUGGGGGGGUGGGGGGCGCGCCGACCCGGGGAGUCGUGCCAGCCGAGUCGUGCGGGCUGUGGCAGGGAAGGGGCCACCAUGGGAUGUACUCUGAGCGCAGAGGAGAGAGCCGCCCUCGAGCGGAGCAAGGCGAUUGAGAAAAACCUCAAAGAAGAUGGCAUCAGCGCCGCCAAAGACGUGAAAUUACUCCUGCUGGGGGCUGGAGAAUCAGGAAAAAGCACCAUUGUGAAGCAAAUGAAGAUUAUCCAUGAAGACGGCUUCUCUGGAGAAGAUGUAAAGCAGUACAAGCCUGUUGUCUACAGCAACACCAUCCAGUCUCUGGCAGCCAUUGUCCGGGCCAUGGAUACUUUGGGCGUGGAGUAUGGUGAUAAGGAGAGAAAGGCGGACUCCAAGAUGGUGUGUGAUGUGGUGAGCCGUAUGGAAGACACUGAACCCUUCUCUGCAGAACUGCUUUCUGCCAUGAUGCGACUCUGGGGUGACUCAGGGAUCCAGGAGUGCUUCAACCGAUCUCGGGAGUAUCAGCUCAACGAUUCUGCCAAAUACUACCUGGACAGCUUGGAUCGGAUUGGAGCCGCUGACUACCAGCCCACUGAGCAGGACAUCCUCCGAACCAGGGUCAAAACCACCGGCAUCGUAGAAACCCACUUCACAUUCAAGAACCUCCACUUCAGGCUGUUUGACGUUGGGGGCCAGCGAUCUGAACGCAAGAAGUGGAUCCACUGCUUUGAGGAUGUCACGGCCAUCAUCUUCUGUGUCGCACUCAGCGGCUAUGACCAGGUGCUCCACGAGGACGAAACCACGAACCGCAUGCAUGAAUCCCUGAAGCUUUUUGACAGCAUUUGCAACAACAAGUGGUUCACAGACACAUCCAUCAUCCUGUUUCUCAACAAGAAGGACAUAUUUGAGGAGAAGAUCACAAAGUCCCCAUUGACCAUCUGCUUUCCUGAAUACACAGGCCCCAGUGCCUUCACAGAAGCUGUGGCUCACAUCCAGGGGCAGUAUGAGAGUAAGAAUAAAUCAGCUCACAAGGAAAUCUACACCCAUGUCACCUGUGCCACGGACACCAACAACAUCCAGUUUGUCUUUGAUGCUGUGACGGACGUCAUCAUCGCCAAAAAUCUGCGGGGCUGUGGACUCUACUGAGCCCUGGCCUCCUGCCCAGCUGCUGCUCACUUCUCCCCUGGAUCCAGAGCUCGGCCACCACUAGGGUGCUCUGUGCACUGAAGAAAAUCCCAGAGGCUGUCCCUGGGGGAGGAGGCGGCAUCCUUUGAGCAUCCCCACUCUACCCCACUCUGGCUGCAUGACACAUGGGAACAGGGUUGGGCAGAGGUGUGGAGCACCACACACAAGGCCAGGAAAUGCUGCCCACCACCUGGGUGUUGCUCGCCGGCCAACCAUGUCUCUUAAGUGUUUUACUCCGAGCCUGAGUUAGGAAUGCUGCCAUCUGGUUCAGAAUGGUCAUGUCCUGUAUCUGUGCCUCCUAUUCAAAAGGCCUGUGUCUCUUUUUCCCCUAGGUGAUAGGGUGGCUUGCAGGAUGGCCCUGUGGCAGGUGCUGGCUGAUAAGGGGACAGUAGAUGCCAUCUCUCAGCUUUCUUUAGGGUCUGUUUGGUAGAGGGCAGUUCUGUCGCCAAACACCAACACAUAACCAAGCCACUUUUGGGGUGCAAAGACUCAGACGUUGGGGAGGGCUUCCCUCCUCAUUCACCUUGGAUCUUGGCCCUUCUCUGUCUUGCCCUUAGACUUCCCAGAAAACUCAGCCCUGACUCCCAUGAACCUGGGAUUAUUCCUUAAGACUGGCCAAUUACAAAAGAGCCUUGGUGGAGAAACAAGACCUGUGCCCCAGAAGUUAGGGUGGGGAGGAAAAUUGGGGGGGCAGGCAGCUCCUUCCUGCACAGGUUGAUUUAAGUCCUGAAGGAGCCAUCUGCUGGUUCUGCUCAUACAGGCUCAGCUGCCCUUUUCUUCAGGUCUCAGCCAGAGUAGGCAAGCUUGGGACUGGAAGCUCUUCAGGCAAGCACAGGAGACUGAGACUGGGCCCUGAAGCCAACGCCCUGCUUUCCUCCACCUUGGUCAAGAAGGCAGGAAACCCUUGGUAUAUUCCUGCUCUAGGGGCAGAAAGCAAGUGAUGAGCCAACAGCACCCUGGAGUGUGAGCUUAGGAGGAGUAGAAACCAACUCAGACAUAUACCCCGCCCCCUAGGGGGAAAGAGCCCUAGGAGCCCAGGGAGGGACUUUAGUGCAGAAGUUCCUAAAAAAAGGGGGUGGAAUGGUUUCGGCAGCCCUAGCCUUGGCUGAUCUCGGACAGUCAGAACAUUUUCCUGUCAGCUGCUGCGAUGGCCGGUGGUUGAGACAGGCUCGUGUGCUCCUGGCACUGGGCUGUACCUAGGGGUGCCAAUGUGUCCACAGAGCAGUGGGGAAAGGUCUAACCUAGAAGGGUCUCUGCCUUCCUCAAGCCCUGUGUUCUCCUGACCUCCACUCUGAACAGUGCUCAGCCCCAGGCCAGACAGGACCCUGGCUCUCUUUCCCAGUCCCCCUGGCCAUGCCAACAGCUCUGGGCUUGUUGGUUCCAACAAGAACAGAACUCUGGGUGGUCCAGAGAGACACAGGAACCUUCCCCAGUGCCAAAUGCUUGCAGGGGUGAUCCUCUAGGAAGCUCAUCCCAGUUUGACUGCCUUGCCACGCCCCCUCAACCCACAUUGUGUACACCGCCAUCAUUUGAGAACCUUGUGCCAGACUCUUGGAGCCCACGGUCUCGGUGACCUGAUGUGGUGGCUAAGGCCGAUUAAGUCAUUGGCCCCACUGUGUGUGACCCCCUGUGUCCCCAGACUAACCCCAAGUUUAAAAACACCUGCAAUCAAGGGAUGUUGGCCAAGCUUCAUCUUUUAAGACCACUUCCGGGGAGAUAGAAGUCACCAUUCCUAUGACCACACAGUUCCCACUUCCCUCAGAUCAUUGCAGUGCAGUAGCCAGAGCCCUCACGGGGCCAGGGCCAGCCUAGACUCCCGGCUUCUGUGUGUGUCUUGCACUGCUCUCGGCCCUCCCGCUCUGACCAUCCCAGAGAGAGCGGUCUUAGGCUGUCUACUGCAGGCCCUCAAGAACACGGUCUGCAGGGGAGUGUCCACCUCUCGUCUGUGUCAUCACCAGCCAUUCUACCAUGGGGGGGGGGGGGAUGUGGAUAUUAGAUGAGGCGUGGCUCCGUCGUGGCUCUGUGUGUGGGGGAAGCAUUGUAAGUGGCCAGACCAGGGCAAUGUCUCUUGUCUGUAGUGGCCAUGUCAGUGAUCAUCCUACAGUCUCUGAAUGCUCACUCAGCAGGCCAGGAGCCAGUUCCCAGAAGAGUGCCUUCACCACAUUCGUGGGACCAUGCCUCUUGCCCGUGGGCCAGUCCUGUGCCUGUAUCCGUGACCAUUCCAAGAAUCUUGCCUUUAAACAUGGGUAGAGGUCCCCCAAGUCUUUGGUCUGAGUUGUGGAGGGUACUGUAUUGAACUCUGAUUUGGUGAAGAUAGACUCCUCCCAGUCUAAGCCACUUCCCAGUAGCUCUGGCCUUCAGCCCUCCAUGAUCCCUUCUGUAGAGUCCCUAGAUCCUGGUACCCUGUCCUUUUGGAUCCUCUUGGACCAGGCAAAAAGACCUCCGUCAUCUCGGCCUCCUACUGUAGGGAACUGAAGGCACCUGACCUGUGUGGACUGCACUGGUUAUCACUGAGAAUCCUCAACCCCAGAACCUGGCUAUCCACAGGCUCCUGCAGAGAGGGCUGACAAUGUUUCACCCCAGCCCUUACCUUCUGCAGAAAGUACUGUUGUAACUGGUGUACCCAUGGUACCCCCACACUACAUGCUACAGCCAGUUCUCUGAGGGCAGGGUUCUCUCUCUUCCUGACCCCCUCCCCUUCUCCAUCCGACCUAGCCUCUUGACAAGGAGACCUACCACACACAGGAGAGACUCAUGAAGCCUCCAGAUCUUGCCCCCUUCCUGGCCCAGUCAUAGCCUGUCACCCUCUUCUGAAGAUUCUGAGGUACAGCGAAUCUUCUAGCUGCCACCACUUCUCUGAGCCUCCUGGUAAGCAUCAGGGGCAGCCCCACUUCUCUCAGAGAUCCAGACUGGACUACUGGAGGCAAGCACCUUCCAGGCUGUUGAUCCUGUCAGGCUACAAGCUAGAGUAAAGAAAGGCCCAGCAUCCCGAAGAACAGGACCCAGGGUGUAAGCAGGCCUCCCCCACACCCCACCCCUCAGGAGGAAGAGCCUUAUACACACCUGCUUAGAGAGUGGGGUUGGCCUUAGAGACCAUGCCAGCUGAUGGCCAUGUCGAGGAGGGAGCGGGUGGAAGGAAAGCAGAAACAAUGGCCUUUAUCCCCAGUCCUGAGCCCUCUAGUGGGAGCAGGCUACCCUGUGAAGGGCAGCUUUCUUCUCUUCCCCAGGCUCGAAAGGCCACCAGCAGAUACCCUCCUCUUCCCAGCGGCUCUCUGCCCACUCCCCACUCCCCUUUCGCUUCUUGCACCAGCCACAGCUGCCUGCCCUGCGUGGGCAGCAGCCCUCCACUUCCCAGUCUUCUUCCUGACUGCUGACUUGACCCAUGUGGCCUAUGCGCACCUUCCAGUCUCAGGCCACAGGCCGGGUACCCUCUUUUCCCCUAGCAGAGCCUUAGGUGCAGCGGUCCCACCUCCUGACCCAUUGCCAUCACCUACCCUCAUUAACUGUCAUUUUGUAAGAAGAGUGACUUGCUGAUUUAAUAAAUACCUAGUUACUGUAAUAAUUUAUUGGCUGCCAUAAUGUAUUUAUUAGUCACCCACCAUUAAUAAAAAGUGCCAGCUCUUUCUAGCACAAGUGUGAUGUAUUGUGUCAGUGCCGAGGAGCUUCUGCCAGAUAAACCUACGCGACUGGUUCUUCUGUUCUCCCCAGUGUCGGGACUGCGGGCAGUCUAGCAGAGUAGGCACAGCACUGCUGGGAGCAGGAUUUGGGCCACUGGCCACCCUGCUCACUCCAGGCUUGCUGUGAGGCAGGGGCGGAUCCGUCCUGUGCUGAGCUGCUUCCCAGGGCCCUAGCACCCUAGCACCUGGUGUCUCAAGAUCCCUAGGACCGAGGCGCAUGAUCUGGUGCUGGGUGCUGGUCGUUGUGACAUGGCUUCCUUCUGUUCUCAGCUCUGCUGCCACCUGGGCAGGUAGAGGACUGGGAGGAAUUGAGCCUCAGGAAGGCCCCAGUGGCUCCGUGCGAAAGCAAUGGCAGGCAGGUGGCUGUUGGCCAUCUGUGAUCCCUGACUUCUCUUUUCUCAAUUUUGGCGAUGUCUGCUCUGAAUGUACCUGGCGUCUAGUUCCUCCUGUGAGUACAGGCUGUUGUACUCCAGGCAUGUUGGUCAUGGGCUCCUGAGGGGUGGCUGUCAGGCUGAGCAUGAAGAGGAUCUCAGUACCGGCGCUCCCCCAGCAGCUUCCCUGCCCACUGCCCUCCCGGAGUUCUGUCCAGCCCUACUGCAUGCCCCAUCCCUCAGAGUUCUGUGUAUGUCCAUUGAGGCCAAAAUCUUGGCUAAUUCAUGCUGCUCCCAGGACCUCAUACCUUGCUAACGCACAAGGUACCACUGACCUAAAAGUGGACUGCAGUGUGGGGGUAGGGACUAUGUGGGCCGAGACUCAGAAGGUGGGAAUCCAGGAACCUUGGUGAAUUGUUCUUGAGUCUUCCAAACCUAGGCAUAUCGACCCGUGAGGAGUCCUUCAGCCCUGUCCAUAGCAAGUGGCCCCCAACAUUAGGUUGAAUGACUCUGGUGACCCCUCUGUGAUUUCUCUCUGGUCCUUAGCAUCCCAAAUGUCUGUACUGUGUCCAUCACCACCUGGAGACCCAGUAACUUUUGGGACAAUGUGCAAUGGUUGAGGUUUUGCAUUGGCAGCUAUAGGCCUUGGUGCCCCUGUAGGAUGUUUUCCUGUUGAAGUCUUGGAGUCUCAGAGCUUCUCUGCUGUCGUAUUGGUUGCAAGUAUCACGAUGCUAGGUCCUGAAUACAAGUCCGCAUGGCGCACCUCUCUGAGCAAACUCCACCAAGAUGACACGUGAGUCCUGUGCAGAGGACAGGGAGGCUUUAUAUGGUAGAAUAAGAAUGGAGGUCACUGGCUUUGCUUAGCAGAAUCAAAGGACAGUAAUCGGCUGCAGAUACAAGGGGGCGCUAUGUUUUCCUGUUGUCUAGGGGAUGAGGGAAGCAGCUGAGAACUCGGACUGUGAACCCCACAUUACUGUCGGCCCUAAGAACAGAGUUCACAGGCUGGGAGAGAUGAUGGAAGACAGGGCUGGCCCUAAGGCAAGGAGCCAGCCAUGAUGACUUCUUGAAAGGCCAGAUUACCACACUAACUGGAAAAAUGGCCCAAGAAGCUCUGGGUGGGGCUCAGGGCCCAGUGCAUGUCUGCUCUGGUUUACUUUUGCUUUCUUGCAGAGCAGGGGAUGGAACCCAGAACCUCCAGCAUGCUAGGCAAGCACUCUGCCUACUGAGAGCACAUCUCCCAACACUGCCCUCUGCUCUUCAGGGUCACAGCUACUAGCCCCCUACAGGUUGAUGAGCUGAGGGACCUUAGACAGAUAGAGUGCUGAGCACAAAGUGGAGCUCAGGACCAGCAGUUGUCACUCUGCCAUCUUAGCUCCUGCUCAGACGGGGAAGGCAGAAUGGCCACGAGGCCUGCAGGUAACCCAGCUCCUGCUCGUUUGCCCCAGGUCCACGAGCCUCAGCAAUGUCCAGCACCAUCCACACUCGUUCUGCCCUUCUGUUUACUUGCCAGAGAUCUAGUGCGGAUUUCUCAGAGCUUGAGUUCAGACUCAGGUGACGAGCUUCCCCAAACUAGAACAGACUACCUGGGACACUAGGAGAGGUGCCUCUCUCCACACCUCUCUGCAGAGAGGUUCACUAACGGAGCAACAGGCUCCCUAUAACGAGAAACAGGUGAAUGUGCUUGGCUUCUAAAGUAAAACAAUUGGCCUUUACCUGGAGUGAAAGGUCAUUCUCCCAAAAGUCGGGCUUUAUUCUGGGUGUCCGUCACAUCCCGCCACUUACAAGUUUCUGUGUACAAGAUAGAAAUUCCUCUCUGCCAUGCCUAAGACCUUGUAGGCCAGGUUUAGCCCCAUCCCUGAAAAUGGCCUCACACACUCCUUGAGUGGCCACCCUCAAGGAAGCUAGUAGCAGUCACCCCAUCUUCCUGGCGUGUACCCUCCCACCUGUCAACCCAUGAAAGAGGCCUGUCUGGGCAGAAGGAAAGGGGGAGGGGCAGAUAAAGUCAAAGCCCAACUCCCUGACUCCAGUCCCACGCUGUGCUCACACAUUCUAGGGAGACAAGCACACAGCUUGGGGCUCUGCCAUUCUGAUCCUGGGUCUCCUAACCUCAGCCUCAUCCAGGGAGCCACAGCCGGCUCCCAGACCAGUCUCCCACUGGCCCAGAACGGUGGGUGCUUGGCGUGUUAGCAUCAGUUGCACCGCGAUGCAUUCCCAACUACAGGCUUUAUCCAUUGACCUCACGGAGGAUCCUGGAGCCCAGGGCCUCCUGGGUGUUGAACGACCCAGUCUCUCUUUACACCUAACUCUCUUCUUCUCUUCCCUGUCUCUG